CCGGAGUCUGCAGUUUUAAAUAGUAGUUAUUAUAUUUUCGUGCAUCCAUUACUUUCCGUUCAAUGUCUUCCGUGAAGGAUUGUACAUGUGACAAGUUAAACUCUUUCAAAAGUCCAUGGUGUGAUGCUGACUGUUUUGUUGUAAUCACAGGUGCAAGUCGUGGAUUUGGUCGGGCGUUCGCUGUGGAGCUAGUAAAGUCAAUGUCAUCUGGGGAAGACCAUGCUGCUUCCUUAAAUGUUUUACUAAUGGCUCGUGAUGUUAAUGCUCUUCGUGUAACGGAGUCUGAGAUGUAUGCUUCAUUAUCAACUAAUUCUAAAAUGAAAUUAACUAUACUAGUAUCAACAUCAUCACUUGAUAUGUCCAAUGCUAAUAAAGAUAAUUUAUUAAAUGAUUUAAAACCAUUAUUUCAAUUAAAUUCAUUAUAUCCUAUUCAAUCUAAUAUAAAAUGUCAAUGGAAUAUGCUUGUACAUAAUGCAGCUACAUUAGGUAAUAUCAAGUCAAAAUCAUAUGAAUGUUAUAAUAUUGAUAUAUUAGAUACAUAUUAUCAUACUAAUUUAACUGCACCUAUCUUAUUAACAAAUUUAUUUAUAGAAUAUUUUAUCACUAAUCAUCAACCUAUUACUAUAGUGAAUAUAUCUAGUUUAACAGCUAUUCAACCAUUUCCAUAUAUGUCAGAUUAUUGUAUUGGUAAAUCAGCUAGAGAAAUGUAUUUUAAAUGUUUAUCUAUAGAUAAUCCAUCAUUAGCUAUAUUAAAUUAUUCUCCAGGACCAUUAAAUACAAAUAUGUUAACAGAAAUCAUAGAAAAUCAUGGUCAUCUAGAUACACGUAUUCAAUUUAAUAAUAUGAAAUUAAAUGAUCAAAUUAUUGAACCAAAUGAAUCAGCUCGUGUAUGUAUUGGAUGGCUUAAAAAACAAAUACCAAUAGAUCCAUCUAAUAUAAAUUCUAUACCGAAAUUAAUACAUUGUUUAAUCCAUGAUAAAGAGUAUACAAAUUUAUGGUUAGGUAUACAUUUAGAUUAUUUUGAUGCUGUUGAGAAAGUUUAAAGAAGAAGAAGAAGAAAAAGAAGAAAAAUGCAUUAACAUUGUCGACGAUGAGAUUGUGAAUUUCAUAACUUCUCAAUUCUAUCAUCAGAAAUGAAUGAUAUAUUCAUAUAAGUGUCAACUAUUCUAUAUUAUGAAGUAAGUAUUUAUUCUGUUGUCAUCUUUCCCGUUUUUGUUUUGAUAUUGCCAAUUCAGCUUUAUGUGUGUGUGUAUGAAUUCUUGAUCUAUGUUACGUCGUGUUAUACUUAUAUCUCUAAUAAAAGGUUAGCAAUCUAAAA